AUGGACAUCCACAGUGAAGUGCUUUUUGUAUUCCUAUUGCCGUUAUUAACUGAGCAGUCUCUGCCAGUUAUGAUACAGGAGAGCCCUGCCCUCAAGCCAGAGUGCGACGACGCGCGUUACGAUCGAGUACGCGAAGGGAACAUCGGGCAGAGCGAGGCUUUCCCUUGGCUGGGGUUAUUGAAAGUCUAUUUACGAGACAGCAACAUAAGCCAGACGGCGGUGACGGGGCUGGUGCUGGUGACAGACCGACACGCCAUUGUCAACGCUCGUGACGUGGCCCAUAUGCCCGAGCACGUAUUUAAGAAUGCAAGCACAGUAAUGUUCAUACCCAAGAAAGGGCAGCCUUGGCACACCAAGCCCAAGCGCUACACAAUCCACCCGGAGUAUGGUGUCUCCACAUACAACACCAUAGCUCUGGUGGAAUUGGAGUAUGAUCGCAGAGCCCAAGAAAAUAAUGUAAUGGAAAAAAUGAUUCACUCUUUGCACAUCUUGAAGCCUUCCGUCUGUAAAUACUACUACCAGAAAGUUACGUCCAAAGAGCCGAAGUCUCCGCCGACGCAUUUGAAAUGCGCGAUGGCGGUGAGCAACGCAGCGGAUUGCGCGUGGGAGGCGGGUGCAGCGCUGGUCUCCAACUCCUCCGGCAAGUGGACCCUGUUAACACGUUGUAUAAUUUGGAUGUUACUUGAAAAGCAGAUCGGAUUCGGUAUCUACAGUGAGAGUUGCUCGGCGCCCGCCCGCUUCAUCGACAUCGCCGCGUACCAGCCCUGGGUCGCUUCGGUCGCCGCGCCCGCCCGCCCGGCCUUGCGUGCCACCGAUGGAAAAAACUUCAUAGGUAAGAUAUUCGAAGAGCGCUAUCCUUUCGAUGCACCGGAGGGAGAAGGCCAAUACACACCUGGCCCGUUCCAGGUUUAUAAAAUUGACAAUGCUUAUCAGUUAUCAAUAGUCCCCGAAUUGCCGAAUUACUGGGAGAGAAGUAAAGGAGGCUGCAGCGAUUUCAAAACACUCAUAUAUCGAGACAAGGUGAAGUUUGUUGUCGGGUUCGAUCAAAAGAACAUAGCUCAAUUCAGGAUUUCCCUUUAUGACGUGAUGAUGGCUAAUUACACAUGUAUACAGUUCCAGAUCCAAAACAGGAACUUAACUAAAAAUGAGACCCAAAUGUGGUUCAAUACGUACGACAGUGAAGAAGGUUACUCAGCGGUAGAGGGCCAGAAGACACCGGUGGAAUUACUCAAAUACCAUUCUCUCCCUCAAAAAAUCGACCUAGCCAAUGAACAAGGCAAUUUCCCAUACAAAUGGAAAGGAAAAUGGAGACACUUGGAGCCGAAAUUUUUAGAAUACAAACAACAACCUGGUGGUGAUAGAGCUCGUAUAGAGCGCGUCAAUAUCCUCAUAGGAUUUUACUUCGAAGGAGAAGCGACCUUGGAUGUAUAUGUAUACGGAGUUCCGCAUAUUCGGAAACUAAAGAAAUACACCACAGUUAAAACAACCACCACUCGUUCACAACACAGUUCGUCGACGACUGAGGACCCGGACCUCUAUUGGAGGAGCAGGGAUCGGCAAGAGGAAACCUUCCCUGGCUCCGAAUGGUUCCGCAGAAUCCCGUUUAAGUUUCCAAAAAAGAAAAAAGAUAAGUUCGAUAAAGCGAAGGAAAGGGACGCAGAGAGGAAAGCAAUUGAAAUGAGGAGUGAAGGAAAAGACAAAAGAAAAAAGGGAAAUAAAGAACUGAAGAAACAACGGGCUGAAGUGAAAAAGCCAAUGAUGGAAAGUGGGAAUAUCUUUGAUUUUACUCCCAUCCCUCCCUCCGAGGAGUUUGGAACGUUUAGUCCAGAAGGUUUCGCUAGGUACAUGCAUUUAAUUUAA